CGAAGCCUUUAGGCAUGAGGAGGUACCAUAAUUGUCGGCAGUGGUAAUCUGAAACUUUGUUCAUCGCUUCUCUCAUGCCCCCGUUAGCUACCAGGUCCAUCUUGGAAACUUCAGUUAGUGUGUACGCGAAGAGUACUAUGAAGUUCUUUAACAAACAUCCGCGUUGGAUCUUUCAUUCCUGAACCAAAGUGUACAUUGUACAUCAUGGCCAAUAUUGGCUUGCAGUCUUCAUGACAAGUGGAAUUGAUCAACGUUUGGUGCGAUCGAGGUGUGCUUGCUUAUGAGAGUGAGUGUACUACAAAGGUUUCGAACCCACAGCUUACGUACAUAAUGAUCGUCCAUGAAGAGAUCGAGUAAGGGUGAAUGUGAAUUCUUGAGUGGAGCACUUACCUUCUUGGGGAGGCCUACUGUACGAUCCGCUACAAACAGUAGUCUCUCAACGGAUUGUAACUCGGAAGGACGUGACUCCAAAAGCUCUGACGAGGAGGGAGAGAGUAGAUUCUCGGGGCCUAAGUUUACUUGAAUGACUCAAACAUUGCGGAAUUUUUCUGGCCUCUUUGCGUGAAUGCUGGGUGUCCAGUUGUGUGAUAUUUGAAAUCAUGCCUACGGUGUCAUUGAAACAACAAGGGACCGCUAUGCCAUCGAUAUCCGAUUGCUUGGAAAAGAAAUCCAGAAAUCACAAAGAAGAGAAUGGCCAUCCUCUAAAGGCUCUCUCGAGCAAAGAGAAAGCCAAGGUGUCAAUAAAAUCAGCUUCGAAGACGGUCCAAAGAGGAUGUCAUUGGUUUUGGAAAGACAUGAAGAAACGUCACCUUCUGUGGGUCAAAGUGAUCUUCUUGUUCCAGUCCGCCAGUCUAGUGGCUCUCUAUCCAUAUUUGACCAUUCAUAUGCGGUCUUUGGGCUUUGCCAUCGAAGAUACGGCCAUCGUGAAUAGCGCUGUUCCUCUGGCAGACGUUUUUGGGCCACCCAUUGCUGGAUUUCUGGCCGACAAGAUUGGCAAUUUCAGGAUGUUUAUGGCCGUGGUCACAUUUUUGAAUGGUGCAGCCAGUUUACUACUCCUGGUCAUUCCUGCUGUGAAGACCGAUUUGGAAAUGUGCUGCCAAGGCAGGCUCAACGAAACUGCGACCACCAAUUUGGAAUGUGUUCCUAGGGAUUGGUCUGAGCCACCUUGGACCAUCCUAACCACAGACGACAUCAAUGUUUCCUCAAUGGGUACUCUAGCAGUUCACUCUCGAGAUUUUAGAUGCAAUGAUCCACAAGGCGCUCUGUCUACCUUCAAAGCCCAUUUAGUACAUCUGUCUGUAAAUCAGACCCGAUUCCAUGAAUGUGCCCAGAGUGAUCACAUGACUUCCUGUCGAGUGUCCGUGAAUAAAAACUGGCAAGACUGGUCCACCUCAUUUGCAUCCUAUUUGGGGGUUAGGGUCUUGUUGGACAUUCUAAGAGCCUCAUCUCUCAUGCUUUUCGAAGGGGCCGUGGUGGUGAUCAUCAAAGAGCAUGGCGGGGAUUACGGACUUCAGAAACUUUUUGGAACAGCCGGCGCAGUCAUAUUCAGCCCAUUGGCCGGCAAGAUCAUCGAUUGGUCGUCAUAUCGUAGUGGUCGAGAGGAUUACUCGGCGGUUUUUAUCCUCUAUUUCAUAAUUAGAGCCAUCACAUCCCUUCUGAUCCUAAAGCUCAGCCUUGGCUUCAAGCCACCUGCCAAGAAAGUGUUCAAGAACUUAACGAAAGUUCUUUGCAAACCAAAUGUCCUGGCUUACCUCGUAUCAUUCCUCACCGCCGGUUUACUCUGGGGGUUCUUGGAAACAUUUCUCUUCUGGUUCAUGGAGGACCUCGGAGCCACAAAGUUCCUUAUGGGCCUCUCAUUGGCAGUGGGCACAUUGGCUGGAGUGCCAGUGACCAUUUUCUCACGUGUGAUCAUCUCCAAACUUGGUCACCACUUUGUCAUUUUGACCACCUUGGUCAUUUACUCAUGCCGAAUGCUGGGAUACUCCUUCAUUCAGGAGCCGAAGAUGGUCUUUGUUUUGGAGUUCCUGAAACCAUUAUGCACCACACUCCUCAUCAUUUCAGCCAUGACCUUCGUUAAAGAUGUCUCGACCCUCACAACCGUAGCCACUAUGGAAGGCAUUUUUGGUUCCCUUUACUUUGGGGUCGGCCGAGGUCUAGGGGGGUUGAUAGGGGCCUACUCCUGGGAACUGAUUGGGCCUCGUCUGACCUUUCAAUUGCUAUCGACCCUCGCUAUGGGCUCGGGGGUUUUCUACUCUAUUAUUAUGUUGGCUCAUCGAAAGUUGAGAAGCAACAAAUACAAGCUACCUCAUAGUCAAUCUACAAAUGAUGUGCAUCCACCGGUUGGACCGACUGUUCACUCGAAAGUGAAUGAUUAAAACAAGGUGCAAAACGAAGGCUCUCUCUCCUAAUGCAACUUGGUCUGGUUCUCCAGUCUCGACUCAGUGCCUCUAAAUGCCAAAUACCCUUGUUCUUCAAUCAAAUUUGAACCAACUGGUCCGCCUCUUCUUUGUGGAACAAGAACUGAAAGUUUUGCUCCAAUGAUCCACACCCAAGAAAAUCUAGUUCAGGAAGCCAGAAAAUGCAUCCAAACCAGACAGAAACAAGUGGGGAAAAAAUUGCACACCCGUGCGGUCGUUUCGGCAAACAACUUUAACAUUUUGUGCAUCACCAACUUAGGAGGGAGGAAUAACCCCGCCCGAGGAAUGACGGAUGAAGGAAAUCCGUUAACGAACUAAGGGAGGCGUGGUGUCCUAGUUUUACCUGUAGACACGACAUGAAAAGGCUUAUGUGGAACAGAAGAAUGGCUCAUUUACGUUUUAGCUGUUUUGUGUUUACGCCAUCCUAAAGAAUGGCAAACUACUCUUCGUGUAUACCAAGUACCAUCAUAAAUUCCGAGUAUCUUGAUUCAUUCUUUCCCUCCCUUCGGGAUAACAACGGCGGAUCAAGAAUCUUGUCAACAACUAUUAUCACGAAAAACAUUGAGGAACAUGUGCGCAAAUGCUUAAGAGUCAACGACCUCGAGGGCUUUUUCCUUUCCAGUCUUAGGCCUUUUUAGCUUCACCAAAUCAUGCUCGAGUUCCUUGAUGUGUACAGUUUUUUUCUUGCCUUAGGGGUAUCCUUUGUUCUUCUCGUUCAUUGGUGAAUGAACUCUGCCCAUGCAUUAUUUACUGGCUCACUAAGAAGUAAAUGGACCCGUUUUUGAUGGAAUCAAAAGGCCCAAGACUCUGAUGUUGCCAGUUAUGAUGCUUACCAAACCAAGUAAAAAGCCCCUCGAGGCUUCGACCUACUCACAUCCUUUUUGUUCAGAAAAGUUCUUCAACGUUAUUUAGUCUUUUUGUUUGUAAGUAAAAAGUUCCUCGUCAUAAAAAGCUUACGCUUAGAA